AAUAACAACAUGGUGUUCCCUCUCGUAAAGCUUGCCUACUUGGGCGUAAAACAAGGCAGUAAAUAUAUUGCCAACGGCUUAAAACGUCGGGCGAAGACAAGUUUGUUCUUCAGAAACUAUUUGUGUAUGCCAACCGCCCAACUUUACCAUUCUUUCGAAGUGAAUAUCAAGUUGAGACUUUUGGGACUUGGAAAGGCAAAACAUAUUGAAAAGUUAUCUGAGACUAUGGCUGUGGAAUUAGGAGCAGAUCUGUUAGGUGAAUUUAUAAUAUACUCUGUAGGUGCUCUGAUAAUCUACUUAGAAUAUUCCAGAUCAGCAUCUAAGGAAGAAGCGAAAGAGCAGUCCAUGAUUCAGAAAGACUUAAUUUUAGAACGACGUUUACAAGAGCAAGGACUUAUGAUUGAAAAACUUCACUCGGAAGUGAGGGAAAUGCAGCGAUUUAUUGGUGACUUAGACUCAAGAAAUACAAGCUUAACUACUAGGCUUUUCGGAAAGUCAUAGCUGAAAUAGAUAUAAUUAGUACAUUGUGAUUAGCAAUUAUAGCUUUGUGUAUGAUGUGGCAUUUAGCAAAUGAUAACUUAAUAAGCAGAUUAUCAAGUGAAAGAAAGAUACUGUGACUACAAUGAUUUCUGAAUUGAAUUUUUUCAAUCAUUUUCGAAUGAAUUGAAAUAUCAACUACAAAUUACCACUGAGAGUCUUAGAUUGUCUUUGGGUUGAUGAAAAUGUCAACUACUGGAAAAGUUAUUAUUUGUAAAGAUGUUUUUACAGUCUGAAAAGUGGGUCGUUUUCACAUGAAUUUUCUGGGAGGAAAUGUGUCAAUUUUUAAAGUAAAAAAACUAAACCCAUAUUUCUAUG